CAUCGUCACAACUCACAAACCACAAUACAAAGCAAAAGAGAACAAAUUAAAUUGUUGAUUGUUGAUAGCAUCAUCAAGAAGAAGUUGCAAAGAUGUUAGGGCUAUUUGACAAGAGCCACAAGAUCAAGGGCACCGUGGUGUUGAUGCCCAAGAAUGUCUUGGACGUUAACGAGUUGAAUUCAGUAAGAAGUGGAGGAGUUGGUGGUGUUGUCUCCGGCCUCUUCGGCGCUGUCGCCGACGUAACCGGUCAGGUAGUUGAUACUGCAACUGCCAUCCUUUCCCGGAACGUCUCCUUCAAGUUGAUCAGUGCUACCUCCACUGAUGCAAAGGGAAAUGGGAAAGUUGGAAAGGAAACUUAUCUGGAGAAGCAUCUUCCGACGUUACCAACCUUGGGAGAUAGGAGAGAUGCAUACGGUAUUCAUUUUGAAUGGGAUGCUAACUUUGGAAUUCCAGGAGCAAUUUACAUCAGAAACUAUACGUAUGAUGAGUUCUUCCUUGUCAGUGUCACUCUUGAGGACAUUCCAAAUCAAGGAACCAUUCACUUUGUUUGUAACUCAUGGGUUUACAACUUUAAAGACUACGACAAAAAGGAUCGCAUUUUCUUUGCCAAUAAGACAUAUCUUCCAAGUGCAACACCAGGUCCAUUAGUUAAGUACAGGGAAGAAGAGUUGGAGAUUUUAAGAGGAAAUGGAACCGGAGAGCGCAAGGAACAUGAAAGGAUCUAUGAUUAUGAUGUCUAUAAUGAUUUGGGUAACCCAGAUAAAGAUGUAAAGCUUGCACGCCCAGUCCUUGGAGGUUCCAGCACCUAUCCUUAUCCUCGUAGGGUUAGAACUGGCAGAAAAGCCACCAAGAAAGAUCCUAAAAGCGAGAGACCUGCAAGCGAGCUUUACAUGCCAAGAGAUGAAAAAUUCGGUCACUUAAAGUCAUCAGAUUUCCUCACAUAUGGAAUAAAAUCAUUAUCUCAAACACUCUUACCUUCGCUGGAAAACAUUUUUGACUCAGACCUCACAUGGAAUGAAUUUGAUAGCUUUGAAGAAGUGAGAGACCUGUAUGAAGGUGGAAUUAAGGUGCCAACAGAUGUUCUUAGCGACAUUAGCCCCAUACCUGUCUUCAAGGAAAUCUUCCGCAGUGAUGGGGAAAGUGUCCUUCAAUUUCCACCACCUCAUGUAGUCCAAGUUAGUAAAUCUGCAUGGAUGACUGAUGAUGAAUUUGCAAGAGAGAUGAUUGCUGGUGUAAACCCAAAUGUAAUCCGCCUUCUUAAAGAGGUCCCACCACAAAGCAAGCUGGACCCCACUCUCUAUGGUGAUCAAUCUAGUACAAUAUCCAAAGAACAUUUGGAGAUUAACAUGGGUGGGGUUACUGUAGAAGAGGCACUUAAUGGUCAGAGAUUAUUCAUAUUAGAUUAUCACGACGCAUUCAUGCCAUAUUUGACAAGGAUAAACGCCCUACCCACUGCAAAGGCUUAUGCAACAAGGACAAUCCUGUUCUUGAAAGAUGAUGGGACUUUGAAGCCACUUGCUAUCGAAUUGAGCAAGCCACAUCCAAGUGGAGAUAAUUUGGGUGCCGAGAGCAAAGUGGUCUUGCCUGCAGACCAAGGUGUUGAAAGCACAAUUUGGCUUUUGGCCAAGGCUCAUGUUAUUGUAAAUGACUCCGGCUAUCAUCAGCUCAUGAGCCACUGGUUAAAUACUCAUGCAGUGACGGAGCCAUUCAUCAUAGCAACUAACAGGCGUCUCAGUGUGCUUCACCCCAUUUAUAAACUUCUUUAUCCUCACUAUCGCGACACCAUAAAUAUCAAUGGACUUGCUAGGAAUGCCCUAAUUAAUGCUGGUGGCAUUAUAGAGGAAUCAUUUUUGCCUGGACGAUACUCUCUUGAGAUGUCUUCAGCUGUUUACAAGAACUGGGUUUUCACUGACCAAGCAUUACCAGCCGAUCUCAUCAAGAGAGGAUUGGCAGUUGAGGAUCCCUCUGCACCCCAUGGCCUUCGCCUUGUGAUAGAGGACUACCCUUAUGCUGUUGAUGGACUUGAAAUAUGGGAUGCUAUUAAGACAUGGGUCCAUGAGUAUGUCUCCUUGUAUUACCCAACAGAUGAUGCAAUUAAGAAAGACUCUGAACUCCAAGAGUGGUGGAAGGAAGCUGUUGAGAAGGGUCAUGGUGACUUGAAAGACAAGCCUUGGUGGCCUAAAAUGCAGACUCGUCAAGAGCUUAUUCAAUCAUGUUCUACUAUCAUAUGGAUUGCUUCAGCUCUCCAUGCAGCUGUUAAUUUUGGACAAUAUCCCUAUGGUGGUUUUAUCCUGAACCGUCCAACUCUUAGCAGAAGAUGGAUACCAGAACCAGGAACCAAAGAGUAUGAUGAGAUGGUGAAGAGUCCCCAAACGGCUUAUUUGAGAACUAUCACGCCGAAGCGCCAGACCAUUAUUGAUCUCACAGUCAUAGAGAUAUUGUCAAGGCAUGCUUCUGAUGAGAUCUACCUUGGGGAGAGAGACAAUCCAAAUUGGACAUCUGAUUCAAAGGCAUUAGAAUCCUUCAAAAAGUUUGGAAGCAAGCUGGCAGAAAUUGAGGGAAAAAUCACAGCGAGAAACAAUGAUUCCAACAAGAAAAACCGAUAUGGACCUGUUCAGCUACCAUACACAUUGCUCCUUCCUACAAGUGAGGAAGGGUUGACUUUCAGAGGAAUUCCCAACAGUAUCUCUAUCUAAGGAGUGUGUGGUUACCUUUUGGAUCAAUCUACGUACUUUCUAAUAACACAAAUGAUGCUUGUCAAUUUAUGUGUCAUUAUGUUUUGUGUGUUUUUGUACCAAUGCAUAUUUGGAAUUUGGUGGUGCUCUUAAUUUGGAGAUAAUAAUAAUAAUAAUGCUUUCAAUAUCACUUUA